GGAUCAGCUGAAGUAUUAAAAGAGACACUCCUACCUCGAUUGCUUCAUCAGCGCUGCUCUCUUCAGAUGGGAGGUCACAACCUGCUGAUUCACUUCACCCAAAUGCACCAUCUGCAUUCCGCCCUCGUGUAAAGAUGGCUGCCCGUGGCUUUUUUCUGCACCUGAACACCCCGGAGCAGGGCUGCGCGCUAACAUGGUGAUCAUUUUCUCAAAAACACUGGAAAAGAAGAAGGGUGUCAAUGAUGUAACGUCCAAGAGCUCCGACAGACAGCUGAGUGAUCUCCACACAAUGAGCAGAGGGACCACCCUCUUCUCCUGUGGAACAGUGGAGGCAGAUAGAUGGUUGGACUUGGGACGAAGCUGUGCCAUGCAGCAGAAAGCUCGAGAUUCCAGCUUGGAGAGCUUGUGGGAUGUGGUGCCCGAACCCGGAGGCCUGCACUGGGCCAAAGAAGCAGGGAGCGCCACAGCUAUCACCAGUCUGAUCAGAGAUCUCACUCUGGGUAACAGUGGCAUGAACUGCGCCCAUGGGACGCCCAACCCGACACAUUUCACAACCGCCACCCAAGCUCCCGCAGCUCCUCCGAGCAAACGGCAGUGUCGCUCCCUGUCCUUCUCAGAUGAGUUCAGCGGGUUCCGCUCGUCUUGGAGGCCCCAGGGCUCCCGAGUGUGGACGUCGGUGGAGAAACGCAGGUACCAUAGCGGGGGGAGUGUCCGAGGAGGAGCCGGCCAUUUCCCCCCCAUGCAGCGCAGCUCCAGCUUCAGUUUGCCCUCGUGCUCUAGCGCGCCCCCAGAUAGAACCUGGGACCCGCCACUCUUCAACCAGCAGCUGCCUCUUCACCUUCAGUUCACUGCCUCCUCGGUGUCCCCUAACUCUGUUUUCUCACACCACUCCCAUAGUCAGGUCCUCCUCAGGCCUCUAUCCCUUUCCCACGAGCAGAUCAGUCUGACAGAGCUCCAGCGAGAAGAGGCCUCCGAGGCCAGCUCUCCGGACUCCACCCCGGAGCUGGGAAGGAGAGCUGCUGGGAAGGGGAGUCUGUCUCGGAGCAGGUCCCAGCCCUGUGUGCUGAACGACAAAAAGAUCGCUAUGAAGCGCAGGAGGCCCGAGGAUGCCCAGGAGCAGCGUCCCUCCCUGGAUUUGGCAAAGAUGACUCAGAAACUUCAAACGUUUCAAAGCUUAAGCUGGCCUGGAUUCUCGUCCCGCGACGGCUUCAAGUCCAGCCUGACCGCGCCGUCGUUCGAGUCCGCCUGCCAGUCGGAGGCGGACUUCUCCGCCGUGUCGGAGCUGGGGCUGGAGUCGCGGGCGGACACGAUGGCGGAUGACGAGGAAGAGGACUCAUCCUACGGGGAGCUGGACAGCGAUUCUGCUUGCAGCGUGGACUCACGGCCCAGUUCCCCCGCGUGCUGCUUUGUGGACAGUAAAAGCGCCCUCUGGAAGGGUGAUUGUGGGAAACAGCGGGACAUUUUCCAGCUCGGCGGAGAGCUGGAUCUUGAGCAGAUCGAAAGGAACUGAACAUUUACUGUAGAAAGUCACAUAGAAUAUUUGAAAGGUGACUAAUGAGAUGGUAUGAAAGGGAUACAAUGUUGAAAGGACUUGGAAAGUGAUCAAUAAUUAAAGGUUAAGUAUGUCGCUAAAGGUUGGCUUCUGAAUUUCACAUAUGCCUUGAAUAUUCUUUUUGCUUUGACCAAAAAAGCAGCACCCUUUGUUUUUUGUUUUUUUCAUUAGAUGGUAAUGUGACUUACCUCAGAAGUGGAAAGUUGGGGGAUAUUGUCUUAAAAAGUGUCUUCUCACCCUCGCAUUCUUUCCAACCUGAUAUUGUUUCCAAAGUCGGUUCACUUUAGUAUUUUUUAGUACUGUAGUAAUACCUGGGCUCACCUGUAAUGAGCUCAGAUUUGCUAUUUUCAGAGUAAUCUGAGAUGUUGGCGUGAAACAGAGAGGAGGAGGAAGUCUCCUUUCAGGCAUUAGUGUUGUCUUUGUCCUUCAUCUUUUGAGCACGCAUAAAUCUUUCAUGUUUGAAUGUAGGCUCCAUAAGCUUUAUGAAGAGUUGAAAAAAAAAAUCAAAAAGUGCCUUCUUUUGAAUGCUUUGUUCUUGUAGUUCUCUUCAAGGAGAAAUGCCUUACCUUAAUGCCACUGUCUCUGACGUUUAUUAUGCAAAUUGUAUAUUUGAAUUAAACACUGAAUCUCUUUUUGGGUUCAAACAGCAGUGUGUAUUUUUCUACGUUUUUGGGUUUUUUAAUGUUUGCGAAGGAUCAAGAUUUCAAGGGCUUUCUCGAAUGAAUGGAAAUAAAUUCACAACCGGCACUCAUA